AAGUUUCUGGUGGCAUAAUUUAAGAAUCUUUUCCGCUUAAUUAAUUAUUAAAGAAAUUUGGGUGUUUAUUUUUUAUUUUUUGGUUGAAAAGGAAAUGCAUUAAAAGAAAUUAACUAGAGAACAACAAAAGGUUCAUGAUAACAUUGAAAAAGAACUAACCAUUUAAUUUAAGUAUGAAUCAAAAACACCUAACAAGUUGAUUGGCACCCAUAUACCUAGCUAACUCAUCAGCACACCUAUUUAUUAGCUGCAUGAAAGCAAUGGCUAAUACAAACUUGGGGAAGCUGGAAAACCAAAAUUAUGCAGUCAUCCACAAUAGAGGAAGAUAUUAGAGUAAUUAGAAUUAGCUAUCAAAUCAACAAUAGCUUUACAUCUAAGUCUAUCUCUACAGCUAUUAAAUGGAGGUUUUGGCACAUGAGAAGUCCAUCACGCAAUGCACACAACUCAUCUAAGAAACUGGCAGUUGUUUCUAGAGAAUCCACCAAUUAUCACUGAAUCAUCACGAAUAAUCCAUACUACGGUGUUUAAUUUUUAUACUCUAUUAUAUGUUCACAUUACUUUGUGUAAUAUUUUUGUUCCAAUUAUCAAUUAUCAACGAGCGUUUAUGUCUUGCCGUCAUUAUUAUUAUUUUUUUAAUUGAGUAUAAUAUUCUUAUGACCAACUAUCUACCAGUUACGUUUUUUGGCCAUUUAAAUUUUUAAGAAAUUUAUAUAAUAUAUUUAUGAUCAACUAUCUACUUACGCCAGCCAAAAAAAAAAAAAAAAAACUACGUGAGUUGUGUGAUAGAUAGUUAGAUAUAUUUUAUCACAUAGUUUGUAACUAGUAAGUAAUCGGAUUCAACAAAUAAAAAAAUUCUUCUCCUCGCUCUCGUAGGAGCUUUUCCUCUCGCCAAGGGCGAGUUCUUUUCUUUCCACUGAGGCGCUGGUCGUUGGCAGUGGACCUCACCACCCUUAUUUCUAUCCAACCCCAACAAACCCAUCCCACUCCCCACUCAGCUCGUCUUCAACCUCGCUCAUAAACCGCUACAGGGGUGGACCCGGACAGCCUUGACCGAAGUUAAUCGGUGGUGGGUCCAACUUUUUGACUAAAAAAAACACUAAAAUACACAGGCCCCUGGGGUGUGUCACAGUUUUCUUCAGCCGUAUCUCUCCCUGGCAAGUCUUCAAGACAGAAGCUAACGGACAAGGGUACGUUACUCACCUUCUACCCACUACCCCACACUCCCCUUCACACUACCCCCACUCCCUCUUUGUAUACCCCUGUAACGCUCUUUUCCCCCAUGGAUUCCGAGGUCAUCGAGAGAGUUCAAAGUAUCUCACUCACUGAGGUAGAGGGCAAGACGAUUGCUCUGAAUCCCAGCCGCAGAACACAGACACUGGACGACUGUUCUCUCAGCCUUGUUGGUCGCUUUCUUACGACGAGAGACGUCAACCAUAGGGCGGCGAAGAACCUGCUACGCUCCGCAUGGAAACUCGGUAACGAUCUCCGGAUUGUUGAUGUUGGUGAGGGACUAUACUUAUUCCGUUUUAAGCUUGAAAGCCAACUCCAGUGGGUGCAGGACAGCAGCCCUUGGAGUUUCGAUAAUCACCUUCUGGUGAUGCGGAGAUGGAAAAUCGGUAUAGCGGCGCACAACAUGGUUUUCACGCAUGUCCCACUAUGGGUCCAAGUCUGGGGUUUACCCUUCGAUCUCAUGACUGAAGAAACUUUUAGGGACAUCAGGUCAGAACUUGGGACCAUGCUUAUGGUGAAGAGCAAGCCGAUUGAGUCUGAUCAAGCAAGGUUCCUACAAAUCCGUAUCAACAUUCCCCUCAACCAACCGCUCCGGCGGGAAAGCCCGGUCACUAACCCAGAAGGUGACAGAUUUGCGGUGGCUUUCAAAUAUGAAAGAUUGGUGGGCCUUUGUUAUACAUGCAGACACUUGGGCCAUGAAAAGAAAAACUGCACCUUGCAUGACCCCAGCCCAGAACAACAACCCAACCCAUAACCCAUAUGGUGAGUAGAUGAAGGCCGGUGCAAGACGUCAUGGGGACCCCACUGAUGCCAAGAUGACCAAUUCACCACACCAACAAGAUGACUCAGCAAAUGAACCAGUGCCAACUAGGCAAUCAGCACAAUCUCGGGGCUCAGCCGUAGCUAAUACAUCACGGGUCCCAUCGCUGACUUUGGAACCUGUGUACCCACUUGGAAAGGUGAACUUUACACAUUCACUUAUCCAAAACACUCACAUCAAUUUAUCUAUUAUACACACUAUUUUCUUUAAAUGGUCAUUAUAUAUAUAUAUAUAUAUAUAUAUUUUCAACAACCUUACUAGUCAAACCCACUUCUCACUUUUCUUUUCUGAAUACUAUUCUCUCUCUCUCUCUCUCUCUCUCUCUCUCUCAGUGAAUUUUCUUUCUUUUUCUUCUUUCUCUCAUCUUUCUUCACCAGUCAAGUUUUCUUCUUUCGCCCAUUUCUUCAUCAGAAAACUCCAUUAACAAACCAGAAAACUCCAUAAACAAACCAAAAAUCUUCACUUCAACACAUACCCAUAUCAAUCUAAGUCCAUUUGGGUUGAUCUGGCGAUGGUAGCAAGGCAGAUGCGAUGACGGCAGUAGCAAGGUAGAUCCGGCAGCAUGUCAAUCCAAGUUUUUGUUGGAUUUUUCUUAUGGGUUUUCCAUUGGAUUUAGUUUUUAUUGAUUUUUGUUUGAAUUUGGAAUGGGUUUUUCGGCAGGUUUGGGUUGCGGUGGUGAUAAUUGGGUUGUGCUGAGUUGGUGGUUGGAAAAUUGUCUUCUUCUUCUUUGCUGACUUGCUGUGAUCAUUGGGAAAGAGAGGGCAUUUGUGAAAAAGUGUUGCGCGUUCAGUUUUCUCUCCAGUCUUUUCCUCCCAAUUAUGGAGGAUCAAAAAUGUGGGCUUGGGAGAGAAAACUUUUUCCAAGGUUUUCCUUCCUCCCCAUUUUCCUUCACCAACCAAACAGUGGAAAACAUCAUUUUCCACCCUAUUUUCCUCCCUUUUAUUUUCCAUCCUUCCUGUUUUCACCCCAACCAAACACAGUGUAAAAGUUCGGCAGUGGAUUUUUAUUUCAAAAAAAUGCAUGGUCUCAACCUGAGUUAAUUUCUUAGA